UCCUCCUCCUCCAUGCACCUCCCCCCCAGCCUUCACCCAUCCCAAAGACUGCUUAGCGCGGCAUCCUUGCGCUGACACGUAAUUUCUGGAGCUCUGUGUGUGUGUCCUCACUCAGGAAUGUGAAGCUCUGCUCGUUCUUAAAGGUCGAAAAGAAGAUUUUCUCCCCUUGUGUGAUCGUGAAAUCUCUCCGAUGUGGGAGAGAGACCAUCUCUAACCUGUCAGUAGAAGGAGGCGCUUCGAGGAACUCAGGACGGAGCGCAGGAUUUCUCCUCCAGAGGAGGAUUCUUUUUACAGGUAAACGGGACUACGUUUGUUUCACAGGGAGAACAGACGGCCAGGAGGGCGCUGACGGUUUGGGUUCGACAGAUUCGCGCUGUGAGACCGGAGGUGAGUUUAAAGACGGCUGUACUGCUGGAACGCACAGCGGGAAUCGCGCACUUUUCCCAGAGACGCGCGGGAUCACCGCCCGGUGCGUGCCACCUGUGCAGCUCAUGCGCAGACAGCAGCCAAACCACGCAUAUGUGCGCGCACAGCGGGUGAUUUCAUAAGAGGGAAAACACAAGAGUCUUCCCCGAAAGGUUCUGCAGACAGCAAUAACUCUGAGAGACGCAAUACUGAGUCUUCCAAAGCCAAAGAGAGGCGCACGCUUCCCACUGCUUUCAUUUGGCCCAGCCGAGCUGCGCUCCUCCGUUUUUAAACUCAGGUUGCCCACGAGGACAAAGUCGGCUCGGUGUUUCUUGUGGAUUCAUGAAUGCAACAUUUUGACUGGCUCUCGAGCUGCGCAGUCAUCACCAGCUCUCACAAACUUCUUCCAUUUCCAGCACUGUUUCCAUCAUCCCCCACCAGCUGAGCUUCAAACACCGGGCUUCCAUUGGCUCUUACAUUGUGUGGUGCGUGCAGUGUCAAUAAGGAGACCUGAGGGUGUGCCACGGAAUAUAAAUAGUUGAACAAAGAGGCCGAAACCUGAGACCUGGUCUGAUUCUUCCCUCUGGUAACUCUAGAUGCUCAAACACUGAGAGGCGCACGAACAAACUGCUGCUGAUGUGAGCUUUUUCCUGUUGUUGAGCAAGGAGCAGAGCAAGAGGAGGACCCACCCACACCGCCCACCCCUCAGAUAAACAGGAGGCGACUUUUAGUCACAGUUGGGACGUCUUUGGUGUGUUUACGCUCUGAGGGUUUCCAGAUCUGUCCUGUCUGUGUAUGUGUGUGUGUCUGUGUGUGCACUGUUGAGAGACGCCACCACCCCUCUGUCCUCCGUCAGGAUGUCCGCGGUGAUGGAGCUGCUGCUGCUGCUGCCUCUGGUCCUCCUGGCACUUGAAGCUCCGCUGUGCCACGGGGCCUGCGUGGAAGUGGACUCGGACACAGAGGCUGUUAUCAACGACGGCUUCAAGCUGGGCUGCAUCUACUGUAAGAUGAGAGGCGAGGUGGAUGCCACGGCCACCGUCAAAUGGUCCUUCAAAGGCUCAGGCGACAGCGACUUCUCAGACCUGUACAUUUAUGAGGAUGAACGCGACGAGAUCAUUGACCCACGUUUCUACGAGCGUCUGCACUGGAACGGCAGCAAGCAUACCAGGGACCUGCAGGAUGGCUCCAUCUACAUCCUCAACGUGACCUACAAUGACACUGGAACCUACAAAUGCAAAUUUAGCCGGACCCUCAAAUACAGCAACUAUGCCUACGAAAAGACCAAAGAGAAGAACAUCACCAUUAAUGUGGUUGCACGGCUUACCCGGGGAAUGGCGUCCAUCCUGUCUGAGGUGAUGAUGUACGUCUCCAUCAUCGGGCUGCAGUUCUGGCUCUUGGUUGAGAUGAUUUACUGCUACAGGAAGAUCUCGGCAGCAGGAGAGGAGGCUCUGAGAGAGAGCGCGGAGGAGUAUUUAGCUAUAGCAUCGGAAAGUAAAGAUAAUUGUGCAGGUGCACAAGUGGCAGAAUAGCACGGUUCGGGGAAACGUUCAAGGCGGCUUCUUUGAGGAGUUGCUCGUCCUCUUGUGUGUCCUCUCCUCCUCUCACCAUCCUCUCCACAAGCUGGAAACAUGGAACCACAGCGAGGAGAAAGAUCUUCAUGGAAAGUUUUUUUUUCUAAAGUGACUUUCUGCAGCAGGAUGAAGGACGGACUUUCAGAGGGAACGCACGGAUGCAUCAGCUCUUUGUUAAGCUGGACAGAGGGAGGGAGUCAUGCUGUAUAUAGGUGUAUACGUCUGCACAGAACACAUGUAGGGUCUAUUAUAUGCUAUGUAUUCACUAACUGCAUGAUUACAAGCUUAUCAAGAAAUACUUCAUCACUCUCCAUGUGUUGGUGCCGGUGAGCGUUACAAUCACUGGUUUCCUCUGCAGGUUCACUAAACUGUGGAGCCAAAUAAAAACCGUUUAUCAUCCUUAUAUAACCAUGAUAAUCAGUUUAUACCACAAAAUAAUGUAAAAUACAAAUAUAAGUGCUGGUCUAUCUUACGUGCAGCUCACUGUUCAUCAGCCGGAUAAAGUGUCCAAACACCUUUUACCCUGCAGCACGUGGAGUUAAUAGAGGAUUUUGUGACGGUUCUGAAAGUUUCCGAGCUCAUGAAACACGACAGCUUCACCUUACAGACAAAGAUGCACUCACAGGUUACAGUGGACAUAUUCUGCUUUUCCUUUUUCUCUGUCAUGUAUACUUUCCUACGAUGGCGUUCAAACCCUGAACUUUCAGCCCCAGAUGAAGCUGUCAUCCUCCUCCUCAGAGGCCAAAUCCUGUUUUUGUGUCAGGCUGUAACGUUUACUGUAGAGUCUACGGGGACCGACUCACUGCUGGAACUGCAGCUUCUGCAGCUGUUUGCCCUGUGCUGUGGUGGUGCUAGUUACUGCUGCAGACUUUCUGUUUUGGUGGAAGGUUUUGGGAUUGGGUUCUAGCACCAGCACUGCACUGGUGAACAAAAGGCAUGCAAAGCUAUUCCAUUUCAGACCAGCAAUAUAAACGGAGCAGGAAUGAGCAGAAUAGGUCUACAGCAGCUAGUUUUUAAGGUUUAAUAUUAGAUCCUGUUUUAUCUCAUGUACGGCACAGGCCAGGUUAAAAAAGCCUGGCAGGCCUUUUCAGCAGAUCACCGCCUGUUUAAACUGGCUGUUUGACACAAGGAGGCUCGCUGCUCAUUUAAACCUGCCCUUCAAAGCUGUUUACAAGCCUCAGUGCUGAAAAAACAAAAACAGUGACUUCCUGUCCCAGAUCAGAAGCGGAUGCCCCAGAGAAAGUGUAACCCUCAGCAGCUGAAAGUUUCCCACUGAUGUUUAACUUCACACCAAUGUCUUAGUGUCUUUGUAGAAAACUUAAGGGCUCAAACUAUUAUAAACCUGCCGUGGGCAAAUGCAGCACAAGCCGUGCCCAGUGUGCCUCCCGGAGAGAAGCCAGUGGAAACACAAAAGGGAAAAAUGUGAAACAUGUUUUUCUUAAAAGCUUUGGCUUUUAAGAAAAACAUGUUUCCAGAAAGCCACUAGAUGGCAGCUCAACACUGCCAGUCUGCAUGUUUACUGCUCGUCUAUUGUACAAAAGCAAGUUUCAUACUUUGAGAGUUUAAGAAUGAGACACACGUACCUGCAUGCUGCGUGUUGGAAUAACGCAAAGGCGGAAACGUGAUGGUUUCUUUUCAGAACAAACACCAAAAGUUUGAGAUGCUGAAAAAGAACAAACCGUGCCGUCCUUUGUAAGCGAUGUACUUUGUGCUUUGAACCGGCGAAACGAGAAGAAGCCUCCCCGCUGCACUGCUCGUGCUUCAGCAAAUCAGAAUCUGCAGUUUUAGGUGUGGAAAUGUUGCUCACUGGAAACAAACUGAAAUAAAUCAAACUUCUGACACAAUAAGCUGCUUGAGGCCUUUACAUGUGUCGGGUUAAUGUGCAGUGAUGUCUGUGAAUGAAGUCAAACGAGCUGCAAACACAAAUAGUUUUUAAAGUGAAUUCUGUGUCAUGUUAUAGAUUCUGUUCCCGGCUGGUCACAUGUUAGGAAUGUUAGUUCUUCAUGUUAUUUGUUUGUGAGCCAAAUUGGGGGUCUCUAUGAUGUCACCUCACAGAGCUGAAAGGUUUUCUAAGAACAAAGUUGAGUUUACGGCGAGGAGAGCGUGCAGAGCGUAACGGUGACUUUAUGCUCUGUUGGGUUAAGAUCAGGUGACGGACUUGGCCAUUCAAGAAUAUUCCACGUCCUUGCUUUAAUAAACUGAGUUGCU